AUGCGGAUUUGGCACCGGGGUGUACUGUCAAUGAUACUGCUCACUGCCGCGGCCCUCGUGCCGCACGGGUUCGUCUUUGCGCGCGCUGCGCCCGCCCGGGCGCUGCGGCGCUGCGGCGGCAAGCUGCCCCGCGCGGCUGCGCGCCUCUCGGGCGGCGCCGCUGCACCGGCUGCUGCGGCGACGACGCGAGUGGUGGAUGACAUCGUGAGUGCGGCGCUCGACCGGCGCUCGUAUCGGUGGGUCGAGCUCGACUCGGGCCUGCGCGCGCUGCUCAUCUCGGACGCCAACUCGGACAAGGCGGCAGCGGCGCUCGAGGUGAAGACGGGACACUUUGACGACCCAGCGGACGUGGCCGGGCUGGCGCACUUCACGGAGCACAUGAUGUUCCUCGGGACGGAAAGCUUCCCCGCCCCCCCGACCGAGUGCGUGAUCUCGGGGGUCCAGCCGGGUCGUUCCGUUUUUGAGCAG